GCUGAGGAGAGAAAGGUUACUCACAGCCACUGCUGGUGCAGAAUAAAAACCCAUAGUGCCAGUGAGUACAGUGAAAUUAACAUUCAACAACAGAAUCAUGAUUAAUUGAUCAAAAGUGUGUAUGAUGAGAACCAUUUAUUGCUAUAGUCUAUUUUAUGCUAAUUCAAGAUAUAUACAAAUGCAAACAAGGUUACAACAUUUAAAAUAUUUCCCUGGAUGUGUGUACGUGUAUGUACGUAUGUGUAAAACCCUUAGUGUUGAAGUGAGAUAAUGUCAGACAGGCGGAGAGGGUGAUCUGCAGGGUUGAUAGGGCUAACUGCUCUUCACCGGCCUGCUCUGAUAACAGCUGCAUUAGACCGCCGAGGGUCCACUUACAUUCAUCAUCCACUGAUACAGCAGGCUGUGAACCAGUUACAGACGCUCUGCCACCAUGUCUGAAGAGGCAACUGUAGAAUCUGGUAGAUCGUUCUUAGUGGGGAACAAGAAGGACCUCAUCGAGGCCAAACGUACCAGCGUCACCUUGGGUGACAGGGUCGUAGUCGUCAUUCAUCAUCAGGGAGUUUUCUACGCUAUGGACCAGCACUGCUAUCAUGCAGGUGGAUCUUUGUUAAAUGGAGAUAUUGAGGAAAUCAACAACAAGCUUUGCAUUGUGUGUCCGAAGCACAAGUACAAGAUCAGCCUGGAAGAGGGCGAGGGGAUUUACAACGCCUCUAAUCCAAAAGACAAAGACCAGCCGCCUUGCUGGAUGUCCAAAGGCAUAAAGCAACGAGUACACAAGGUGACUGAGGUGGACGGGAACGUCUAUGUGACGCUGUCCGUAACCCCCGGGUGGAUCGAGUCGGACUAUUAUCAGACUGAGAAGGGCAGAGCGGAGCUGAAGAGAGUGAAGGAUUCAGAAAAGAAUAAAUCAGCGAGCAGCUAAUUGCCUGGCAUGACCAAUGAGAGGAAAGCUUCUGAAUGCAUGAGGAGACAGUGUGGGGGGAAAAACAGAUAUUGAAUGCUAGCUAUUUUACUGAUAUUUCUUAAUUUUACAGACUGUCAUUUAUUUAAGCGUUACAUAUAUAAGGAAUAAAACGUGAUAAGGUGUGCUGUUAUAGAAAAAUAAUCCCUGAUGGAAUGGUAUGAUGCGGAGGGCUGUUAGCACCCCAGAGUUGAUUGUUUUGCUGUAACAGCAUGCCCUGAAGAGUUUUAUUCCUCUUAUACUUCAGCAAUUCACCAAUGCUAACAAUUUUAUUUAUUAAAGAUUAAAGAUUUAUUAAUUGCCUAUAUAGCCUCUCUUUUCUCUCUCACAUCAUACCAAGAAACCACAAAGACCGUAGGAAGAAUAAGAAAAAUUAGUCAUGAUGGGUAAAUAUGAAGUUGCCAGACUUUCUGUAAGUGUAAAACAGGGCAGUUCUAGUAAAGUAGGUAUUUUUCUGUUUACUGUAAUGACUCUGAUCUCCUUUACAAACACAACACUCCAUUCACAAUCACCAUUCUGAACCACACCACUGUGUUCUUGAAGUAAUUGUGUGUACUGUCAAUGUAGUAGCCACUUCUUACAUAACUGUAUAAGUUUCAAUAUGAAAAUCUAUUCUAGCUUAAAUUAUUUAAUAAACUUUGAAAGAAAUAAUUGAUUUUUUUGGUGUUUGGUACAGAGAUACACUGUUGAUUGGCAGACGGAGCAAUUCAAGGACACACUGCCGUUUUAUUCUGAUUGCCGUUCGGUCCAGAUUGAGUGACUCCAUGACUGACAUAUUUUAGUAUCAAAUACUAAUCCUUCACCUUCACAAAGUUAAUCGCUCUUCCACUGUAGCAUUCCUUCCACCUACGCAAUGCUCUUGGGUGCAUAUUUUAGAGAUGAGACACAAU